CCUACAAAUCUAAGAAUGAAGAUUUCAUCCAUUAUCGAGAACACGUUCUUUCAGAACUUAUACGUCCAUAUAAACGCCGUUUAUUUCCUACUCAACUUUCCGCUCUUCGUGAACGGUUUGAAGUUUCCCUUCAAGAACUUGUUGAUGCUACACCAUAUGAUACUGAAGUUUUAGAACGCGACUUUGAUGAACAUUCCGCGCUCACUCUUGAAGAGCAACGAGAUUUGGUACAACGAGCUCAUUUUGAAAACGCAUUUGAAAAAUUAAGGGAAAACGUUCAAUGGGUAGUGAAAAGUACUAAAUAUUUGCCAGCUGUUGCUAAUAUGUAA